AUGUCGCUGGCAGUGCAGGCGGGACUCUUCGCAGGAGGCGUGCUUUUGGGAGCUGGAGGAGCCGUAUGGCUGCAAGGUGGGCAUAAAAAGACGGCUACAGUGCCAGUUCAUGCCCCGGCAAAGACGGAGACGCUGAGUGCCAAUCCUCAUGCUGCGCCGACGCCUGUCAAUGAUGCACUAGCUCUCUCUGGCCACCCUGGUCCAGUCGCUGACUUUCUGCGCAACCAGGCGUAUGUGAGUGCGUAUGACCGGCGCCUGAGGCAUCCCAUAUGGACGGCGGAGCAUCUGACAGCCGAGUCGAUCCGCCGCCCCCCCGGCACAGAGGUGAACCGCGCACAGUCCAUCUUUGCGGAAGAUCCGCGCAUCCCGGCUGCCUUUCGCUCGACAAAUUCCGACUAUUUCCGUUCGGGCUACGACCGUGGGCAUAUGGUUCCUGCAGCAGAUGCAAAGACAAGUCAGGCCGCCAUGAACGAGACGUUCUACCUCUCCAACAUCGCUCCUCAGGUUGGUCCUGGUAUGAAUCGUGACUACUGGGCGUACACGGAGGACUUUGUGCGGCGUCUUACCAGUCAAUUCAAGGACCUGUAUGUGUUCACAGUGCCCUUGUACCUGCCCCGGCAGUCAACGGAUGGCAAGUGGCGAGUCUCGUACGAAGUGAUUGGCUCGCCACCGAGCGUGUCCGUGCCGACGCACUUUGCCAAGGUAGUGCUGGGUGCUGGACAGACGAGCCCGGGCGCACUGCUGGGUGGCUCCGCCAAGUUGGCACUUGGUGCCUUUAUUGUGCCCAACAGCAUGAUCCCCGAUACGGCACCGCUGCGCAGCUUUGAGGUGGAUGUGGAAGCGGUCGAACGUGCAGCAGGCCUGACGCUUUUCCCGCCGGCGAUCAAGCAGGCCGCCAAGAAGCUCUGUGACACAGUCAAGUUUAACCAAACGACACGCGCUUCUUUUUCGGGCGUGCGCCCUCGGGCGGCGCUUGGCCUGCUCGGACAAGGCCAGCACAUGGGCCAAGCCCUGCUGCUCGCUGAAAUGUUUCCGAGGCAUGGACGAAAACGCGAGGAUGCGAGUCCCAUGUGGAGGCCCCACCUGGAGCAUCUGAUGGGCGUACUUCAGACGGGACUACAGCAGGUGAUGUUUACCUUGAUCUUUGUCCUGUUCAUGGUCUACUACAAGGUGGAUGCGACGGCGCGCCGCAAGCGACGCCAGCCACGGACGAAGCGGCGAGUGGUAGAUGCAGGUCGUCUACACCCACCGCUGCUUGACAGCAACGAUUCCUCAGGAUCGGAGAGUGAUCUUGAGUCGAUCCAGACACACAUUCAUCGCACUUAUGGGGCGGCGGCAACCCGCGAGGCACAAGCCCAUGAUGCGCUCAUGACACAUGCGCACCAGCACCAGCACUACGAAAAUAUUCCGGCGGCGAUGCGCGGGAUCCUCGAGCGUCACCACCUGCCGACUGAGGACGAGAUCCACGGCAAGAUUGGGUCCGUUCAUGAGAAGCGGCUAGCCGUGCGCCUCGUGUGGGUGACACUGGCGUACCUGCUGAUCAUCUGCACCGUCAGUGCUACACUCAUCGCGGUGCACGCACACCGCCGGUACCUGCAGCACUGGGCUGGGCUGCUGGGCCUCGCUGCGGCCGGGCUCGCUGCGUGCCAGUAUGUGCCUCAGAUUUGGCACACGGCGCGUGCGGGGCUCGUGCGCAGCGCGUGA